ACAUAUUUCGUCAGGUACUAAGUGUAUUGAAAUAAAGUGAUGGUGUAGUAGUUUAUAAAAUACUUGUUUAUAAUAUUCUAUUCAUGUGAAUUUGUGAAAUAUAUGUUGAUUAAAUGGAACACUGUUUUCUUUGUACAAUUGAUUUUGUCACUAUGUGUGCCUGGAAAUAUUACUAACGGCAAUGUAAACAUCAAGUUCAGUGCCGCAACCAGUCGUGAUAAACACCGUGGCAAGAAUUUUCUUGGACUCAGUAUUCAAGAGAUAUGGGAAGAAAAGUACGGGAUUCAGCGUUUCUUUUAUGUACCAUAACUGUGACAAUUUGGCUGUAUGUUUUUGGGAAAUUUAACUUACUUGUAGCAGAUAAGGUAUAUGUUCAGCCGAUAUGCCUGUCUUCUAAAUUAACUUCAUUUUACAACAUAUCUACUGAAGUUGUUUCCUGGGAUAAUGUGGAGAAUGAAAUAAAAAAUGUACAGCCUGGAGGACACUAUACACCUAAGGACUGCAUAUCUACAUGGAAGGUCGCAAUCAUUGUUCCCUACAGAGACAGAGAAAAUCAUCUUAGGGUCUUCUUGAGAUAUAUUCACCCAUUUUUACAACAACAACAGCUUGAGUAUGGAAUAUUCGUUAUUGAAAUGCCACUAAACGCAGCAUUCAACAGAGGACUAUUAAUGAAUGUCGGUUUUAAUGAGUCGAAGAUGGUGUUAAAUUACAACUGUUUCAUUUUCCACGACGUUGAUCUUUUGCCAGAAAACAUUAAAAACAUUUACAAAUGUAGUGGGCACCCUAAACAUAUGGCAUCUGCUAUUGAUACAAGAAAUUACACAAUGCUUUACAAGAACUACUUUGGUGGUGUUAAUGCUUUUUCAAAGGACCAGUUUACACGUAUUAAUGGGUUUCCAAAUGUGUACUUUGGUUGGGGAAGAGAAGAUGACGAUCUUUAUCAUAGGGUUUUAAAUGCGAAUUUAAGAGUGCAGAGACUUCCCCUUGACAUUGGGCGUUACAAAAAUCUAGGACAUCAUCGCGCGACUCUUGGAGAAAAGAAUGAUAAACUUUAUAAAACGAGAAAACAAAGGUAUCUAUCAGAUGGAUUGAGUAACUUGAAAUAUACGAAGAUAAGUUAUGAAUUAAGACCUUUGUAUACAUGGAUUUUAAUUGGACUAAAUAAUCAUACAGGUCAAGUCAGAAACGAGCAAGCAUAGGAAGUAUUAAAAGGUAACUGAAGUUACAUUUGCAGAAGACAUGUGUGAAUCUGUCCAUGUUGGAUGAUGCUCAGCAUGAGGCGGCCAAUUGUGUCGUCAUUAUUUCACGAUUACAGGAAUUCAUGUAUUACGACGAAACUUUAUGUAGUUACGCUUUUACCAUGGAUACUUUAAACGUUCAAUAUUUGUACAUUUUUCACACCACGGAAGUGUCUAUUUUCAAAGUUUGUAUGGAUUAUUUCGAUAUGAAUUGUCAAUUGUCAGCCAUGAAUACGAUGUUCAAACUACGUAAACAAACAUACCCGUUCAUCACCAUUUUAAACACUUUCAUCACUACCAAUUCACUUUAAAUCUAGAAAUGGUUUCGCGUUAUUCAAGUCAAAACGAUGUUAUAGCAGGUAUAAUCAUUUAUUUGUAUUUAUCAAUUUGAUGAUUUUCUUACCAUUGAUGUAUACAUCCCAUGAGCUUAUGAUAAUACAACAAUCAUACCGUAUUGUGUUAAGGAUAAGUGAACAGUUUUACUGUAAACUCGUGUCCCCUAGUCAACUCGUACACAUUUUUGUCAUUUGGUAUCACUUGACUUGACGAUUUCAAAUUGCUCAUUUCGUCCCCCAUUUUUCAGCCCUUUCCUAAAUUAAGAUUAUUAUAAUCAUGAUGUAAAAUAUGUGUUUUGUACAAUAUGUUCUACAUAAAAACAUGAAGAACUUACUUUAAAAACUACAUUUUGUAUUGCUUUACAGAUACUCGAUCAUAUGUAAAAGUGCAGAGAGCAUGCA